AUGAGGUCUCCCAUUCCAUUGUGAUUAACUCUUAGAACUAUAUAACAAGCACCUCCCUUGUCACCUUGAGUUGUAGGUAGCAAAGAAAAGAUAAAAACAUGGCUAAGUUUAUAAGGUUUUGUUUGUUUUUCAUGAUGUUAACAAUUAGUUCAGUAGUAGGAGAUGGCGAUUAUGCAUACGAUUACGAUGAUGCAUAUGCCCCAGCGCCAGCAUCGAUACCGGCAUCGACUUCAGCGGUACCAGCGGUACCAGCGCCACCACCGGCAUCGACGUCAGCGGUACCAGCGCCACCACCGGCUGUGGUACCAGCUUUGUUUGCUUUCGGAGACUCAUUGAUAGAUAGUGGAAACAACAACCAGCUUUUCUCAUUUGCCAAAGCCAAUUAUUUGCCUUAUGGCAUUGAUGUUGGUGGCCCUACUGGACGCUUCUCUAAUGGCUACACCAUCCUUGAUCAGAUCGGUGUGCUUCUGGGAUUGCCUCUGCUUCCAUCAUAUUCAGAGGAGUUCAACGUGGAUACAAUGCGUUUCGGAGUGAACUAUGCCUCUGCUGCUGCUGGUAUCCUUGAUGUUACUGGUUUUCACUUUGUGGAACGAAUCCCAUUCAGUUAUCAAAUAAAAAACUUUGAGAACACGUUGGUAAAUUUGAUAAAAAAUAUGAGUGCACCCACUGUGAAAGAGGCAAUUCCCAAGUGCAUCUUCUUUGUGGGUAUGGGAAACAAUGAUUACCUCAACAAUUACAUUAUGCCUGUCUACUUUACUCAAGAUCAAUACUCUCCUCAAAAGUUUGCUGAAUUACUCGUUCAUCAGUACAAAGCUCAAUUAACAAAAUUGUACGAUCUUGGAGCACGGAAAUUUAUUAUUACUGGGAUUGGACAAAUGGGUUGCAUCCCAAGCAUGCUAGCAGAAACUUCAGGUGGUGGAUGUUCAGAAUCUGUAAACGAAAUGGUGCAUCCAUUCAAUUCAAAACUAAGGACAAUGAUCAUGAAACUGAACAAGGAUCUGGCUGGUGCACACUUCAUAUUCCUUGAUAUGGAAUAUAUGUUUAAGGAUAUCUUUAAAAACCACAAGGCGUAUGGGUUUAGUGUGAUAGAUCGUGGAUGUUGUGGUCUAGGGAAAAACCAAGGGGAAGUAACUUGUCUUCCAUUUGAAAUACCAUGUGCAAACAGAGAUGAGUACUUAUUUUGGGAUGCAUAUCACCCCACAUCUGCAGUAAAUCUCUUGCUUGGAAGAAUGGCUUUCUAUAAUGAUGCCAACUAUUCUUAUCCUAUCAAUAUUCAGCACCUUGCUCUUAUCUGAUCUCAGAUGGAACUUCUACAUUACAUGAUCCG